GCUGUAUCGUUUUCUCUAAAUGGUAUAACAAGUGUUUAUAUUAUUCAAGCAAUUCUCCCCCGCCCCCAGGGGAGCCUCCUCCCUCUUGCCCUCCUCCGCCGAGACCCUCGCUGCGCCACUUGCAGCUGAGACCCAAGGCGAAGAAUUAAUGAGCAAAUUGAAACAGACGCUAUGGCCGUGCCCCAGAUAUUUAAAAAUGAACUGUCGCUUGAUGUGUUUAUGUGUCUGAAAGCUCAGCACGUCUCCGGGUGUGUUUUGCGGCAGGCUGGCGGUCCUGACAGAAUGUCUCACAACAUGGCCAAGAUCGCGGAUGCUCGAAAGACGGUGGAGCAAUUAAAGCUGGAGGUCAACAUAGAGAGGAUGAUGGUAUCCAAAGCAGCUGCCGACCUGAUGGCCUAUUGUGAAGCUCAUGCCAAAGACGAUCCUCUGGUGGCUCCUGUACCCUCCUCAGAGAACCCCUUUAGAGAAAAGAAGUUAUUCUGUGAGAUACUUUAAACUCUGUGUCAUGUGUUGUCUGUGUGUUUUGUUCCUGUAGCUCGCUCAUAUGUUGAAGAUGAUGGUAUGGCAAUAAAGACUUUUUUC